AUGUCAGUUGUACUACAAUGUUACGGUUUAAGAAAUUUUCCAGCCCGGUCACACUUCGGAAACUUUGGAGCAGACUGUAUGACUUUUGGGAAUUCCUCUAUCCGGCUUAACACGAAGGAUUAUACUCCUUCAACAGAAACAAUGAAGGUCCUUCUGUUCCUAACUGUGGUGGCUGUGGCCCUGGGAGACGACGACGUGGUGAGUUGCAACACCAAUGGCUCAUUAAAAGAGACUAAUUUCAAUAAGGAAACUUCAGACAGGGGCCAGAAUAAGAAAGAAACGCAAGCUUAUUCUACAUCACAUCUGCCACACACCUUCGUCAGUACCUUGAACAUUGCAGGUGGACGAGGACCGGGGCGACAGCGAGUACCACUUCGCCUGGCUCCACGACGGCGGCCGGACCUACGACUGGCAGGGCGCCAACAGCUACUGCUCGAGCCUCGGCCGCGGCUGGAAGGGCAUCAGCAUCGAGACCAGGGAGGAGAACGACUUCGUCACCGACGUGAUCGAACACCACGAGCUGCCGUGGGUCUGGACCGGAGGCCAACGCAGGGGACGCGACUUCGUGUGGCCUUCAGGAGCCCGUUUCGUGGGUCUGAACUGGUCUCACACCGGCGGGAAGAAGCAACCGCAACCGGACAACCGCGAGCAAGGGGGCGAGAACUGCGUGGCCGUCCUCAACGACUUCUACGACGACGGCGUCAGGUGGCACGACAUCGCCUGCCACCACGAGAAGUCCAUCAUCUGCGAGCGCGACGACUGAGAGCUCGGGCGGAGGCCAGGGGCGGCGUCCCUUGGCGCGCAGUUGGGCGCUCUGCGGGAAGGAAUCUCUGCCGAAGGACUCUUGGCUUCUGGCGAGGAAUGUCCGUAUUUAUUCCUAUUUAUGUGCGAAUAAGAAUAAAAGAAAACGAUUUAUGCGCAUGUUUCUAUCACGACUGA